AUGGGAUCUAUGGGGAUUCUUUUCGUGCUAUUUAUUUUCCUCUUCAUCAUCGCAAUAGCGUCGAAACCCUCACCACAAAGAACGCUUUUCUUCCCUGUGCUCGCCGCUUUAUAUGCCUACCUUUUCGUCUUUCCCAAAGAAGAAAAGGGAUUCCAGAUCGCUAUCUGCACAACAGCUCUCCUCGGAUAUGCAUCGGACUUGAUCCUCUUCAGCGAGCCUCAGAUUUCCUUCAGGCGCGAGGGACAACGAAAGCCCGUAUGCGAAAUGGCUCUUUUCGAGCGUCUAUACUGGGCAGCUUCACUCGCUUUUGAUUGGCGGGGUGUUCAAUGGUCUUGCCAAAUUUCAAACCUUCAACGCUCCCACUUACCCAGAUGGGCUUUCGUCCGAUCCAAGCUCUACAGGGUUAUCACCGUCUACCUCCUCCGCGACAUCGUAUUCUUUUGCUUGCACCGUAAUCCCGCAUUCAAUAGAAUCGACGGGGAGCGCUUUGGAGCGCACGGAUUCCUUUGGCAGACUUGGAAUGUUUUGUUAUUCUGGUUCUGCGUGGGGGCAAGUUUGUACAUAGCCCAUUCGGUAGCUUCUGCAAUUGCAGUUGCGGUGGGUCUUUCGGAACCACGAGAUUGGCCAGAUUUUUUCGGUCCCUGGUUGAGAACUACUUCUAUGCGCCAAUUCUGGGGGAAAACAUGGCAUCAAAUGAUGCGACGCCCUGUUACAGGUGCAGGAAAAUACCUCGCACGAAACGUCCUGAAAUUUCGAGCUGGAAGCGCACUCUCAUCUUACACACAGCUCUACGUCGCCUUCGUAUUAUCAGGGAUCAUCCAUGCCGCAGGGGACUGGAUGGUGAUGAGAAACAUUACGUCUGCACGAUUGAAUAUUCAAUUUUUUAUCAUGCAAGCCAUGAUAAUCACUGUCGAAGACAUGGUGAUUGCUGCUGCCAAAAAAUUCGGGAUCACUCGCAUCCCGUUCUUUGUGUCCUACGCUUGGGUAAUAUGUUGGAUGGCAUGGAGCGGUCCGAUGUGGUUAGAAACUGUGAUCCAAGCGGAGUUUUCUGAGGGCAUGCCUUCGGUUUUUCUAUUCCAGAGGCUUUUAAACCUGUUGCACAUCAACCGCCUAGUGGGUUCCGCAAUUUAA